GCCAAAUUGUUUAGUUUGUCGAACUUCUUUGGUUUCGAAAUUCAAACAGAAAUUUCAUUUUGAUAACGUUCAAUACUUACUACCUAUCUUGAAACAAAAUAAUGGAAGUCAAAGAAUGCAACGAUUUGGACGAAGAAAACCAAUUCAUUGUCGACGACGUGAGUAAAAUAAUUAAAGAAGCUAUAGAAAAUUCAAUUGGAGGCACUGCUUAUCAACACAACAAUGUCAACCAAUGGACUUCAGCAGUUGUUGAGUCAUGUCUGGGGCAGUUGACUAAGUUACAAAAACCAUACAAAUAUGUAGUGACCUGCACAAUACUGCAGAAGAAUGGUGCAGGACUGCAUACAAGUUCUUCUUGUUAUUGGGAUAACACUACUGAUGGCUCAUGCACGGUCCGUUGGGAGAAUAAAACUAUGUACUGCAUUGUCUCAGUCUUUGGGCUUGGCAUAUAACAUGGAUUUAUUAUAUUCAUUUACUGGCUUAAAAUCUCUUUUAUAAUACUAAUAAAGCAAAUUUUUAGUAUACUGAUAACAUAAUUAUCAAAUCUGUAUGUUUUAUUAUGAACUCUUAUGUUUCAAUUAAUAAAUAAAGCUUUUAUUUUACACUAAAUGGAAAAGUAUGCUAUGUCAUUUUCCAGUAUAUAUGCAUAGAGAAAUAAAGUGUUAAUAAACA